AUGGUAGAAAAUGUUACAAGCCUAGAAUUGUCCGGCUUUUUUAUUAAUAGUGGCGUCAAUAUUACUUACGCUUGUGUUGAAGUAUUUAGUGAAAAUACAUUAACACCUCUGGAAGUUGCUAUCAAUAACAAAAAUAGUGAAGUGGUUAAGUCACUUUUGGCAUUUGGGGCAUCAAUUAAUUUCAUUAAUACGAUCAAUAUCACGGCGUCAGAGUUUAAUACCAAAGUGGAUUUCCGGAAUGUGAUUAGAGUUAUCAAAGAACAUGUCUUGAGAUGUUAUGAAGUCGACUUAUAUGUUUGUGGCAGUAAUAUUGAUUCUGUGAGCCAAGAUAAAUAG